CUCCCCGCGCUGGUUGGACUAGCAAGCGAAGAAGACGCUAGAUAGAAAUGGCGGUGACGGCCAGUCACGCGGCAUGAGGUGCUGAGGCAGUGUAUGGAUCCAAACCUGUGACUGCUUGGACAACGCUGGGAAAAAUGACAAUGGUGUCGAAGUAGGACAACCGUUGUGACUUGCCACUCCAACAUCUCCCCAGGAGACUUUUCAUCUUGUCAAAGAGGAGGAGAGAGAAUCUCACCGGGAGCAUGGCUUCUUACAGCAACCAGUAUAUCUUCGGGGAAUUCAGCCCUGAUGAGAUCAAUCAGUUCUUUGUGACACCACGAUGUUAUGUUGAGCUUCCCCCGUUCAAUGACAAAGUGCCGUGCGUCAGUCAGUCUUCUGGAGGUUACUGCACUCCUGCUGUACCAUAUAUUAUGGAGUCAAUGGGACUGCAGGGUUGCGGCGAAGACUAUCAGCGCAUUAAGUUUGGUGUUGAUGAGGUGAUGGAUUCCAAGCCUGUUGGUGUGAAUGAAUCUUUAUACAAGGUGUCAAGCACCCUGAACCCCCAGGCUCCAGAGUUCAUCCUGGGCUGUCAGUCGGCCCAGAAGGCCCAACAGACGUUAACUCAAGCAGGUGAUGCUCCUGAUGGAACCCACUUCAACUCUGUGGACGGGCCUGAAUCGGAGGCCUCGGCUCUGGACCAUCAUCGAGCCUGUCAGGACUUAGACGGGCUGCCCGGCAGCCUGGGACAACGUGAGAGGAAGAAAAAGAAAAAACGACCGCCGGGGUACUACAACUACCUGGAGCCUUCAGCUAGCAACAAUGACAGUGCUGCAGAUGAGACACCUGUGAGUGCACUUGUGAAUGGACAUGCACUCGGCGUCACACAACACAAUGCUGAGGAUGUGGACUGUAAGUCAUUAUCAGGGACCAGCCUUUCCUCACCUGGUAUUGUCUCUACAGCAAAGGCUGCUACGACAGCAGCUACUUUUGCCCCCGCAUCCACUGCCAAUCAGAGGACUUGUAAUAGCCCUGAUGACACCUCUUUGGACUUAACAGGCGGGGUCGCCUCUUUAUCAGACAGCAACAAUGCAACUUGCACCUCUUCAUCCUCUUCUCAAAGCAGAGGGAUGACAGAGGGACCAAGGACUGCAGAUCAGCAGCCAGAUCAUUUGGCUUCACAGAGCCCUGAACUUUCAGAUAGUCCACAAAGCCCCCGAUCCAAAUCACCUCUUCCUGCCUCAGCUGCUGCGGCCACGCCUGUUUUGACUACUGAACUGGAGGGAAGGGAGGUAGCAGACAGCGGGGUGGCCAAUGGGCUAGCAGAGUCGGAUACUCCUGUUCGUGCAGAUGGAUACAAAGAAGACUGUGAGAGUGGGGAGUUGACCCAGCAGGGCUCUCCAGACUCUACUGCGCAAACAGUGGUGACAGAGGCUGCCAAUGCACCUGCAGUUCCAGCUGCACCUGCUGCCAAUCCCCCCAAAUCUUGGGCAAGCCUCUUCCACAACUCCAAGCCUCUUCCUGGCGGCCCGGCGGCCUUCGUUGAGGUUAAGAAUGUUGUGGAAGUUGUUGCUCCACCCCUUUUUACAUCAGAGACUCCUGAGGAGAAACCUGUUGAGCUUAAAGAAGGCCCUGUCCAUGUGUCAGAAGAUCCUAUGGCUCCUAAACUUGCAGAACUUAUUGAGAAUGUGAAGUUGAUACAUAAACCAGUGUCUUUGCAGCCGAGAGGACUUAUCAACAAAGGCAACUGGUGCUACAUCAACGCCACUCUACAGGCUCUGAUUGCAUGUCCGCCAAUGUAUCACCUGAUGAAGGCCAUUCCUCUGCACAGUGAAACGCAGAGACCGUGUACCUCCACACCCAUGAUGGACAAUUUUGUGAGGCUGGUAAAUGAGUUCACGACCAUGCAAAUGCCAACUAAGCCCAAGCAAGCUGUUGCGGAUAAGCUGGUGAAAGACAUUCGGCCCGGUGUUCCGUUUGAGCCAACCUACAUUUACAGACUCCUCACACUAACCAAGUCAAGUCUUUCGGAGAAGGGUCGACAAGAAGAUGCAGAGGAGUACCUUGGCUUCACUCUUAAUGGGCUGCAUGAGGAGAUGCUGGCAUUGAAAAAAUUAAUCGCACCUCAGGAAGAGAAAGCCCCCACACCUAAUGGUCCUGAGUCCCAGCCCGGUGUGGAGGAAGAUGACGCUGACAAGGAGGAAGAGGGGAGUGAAGAUGAGUGGGAACAAGUUGGACCACGUAACAAGACUUCCAUCACUCGACAAGCCGACUUUGUCCGCACGCCUAUCACUGACAUAUUUGGAGGACACAUUAGGUCCGUGGUGUAUCAGCAGAACUCCAAGGAGUCAGCCACACUGCAACCCUUCUUUACCCUGCAGCUGGACAUCCAGUCCGAGAAGAUCCGCACAGUCCAGGAGGCUCUGGAAACAUUGGUUGCACGAGAGUCAGUCCAGGGUUACACUUCCAAAACCAAGCAGGAGAUUGAGAUCAGCCGGAGGGUGACUCUGGAGGAGCUGCCUCCUGUUCUCGUGCUCCAUCUCAAGAGAUUUGUGUUUGAAAAGACGGGAGGCUGUCAGAAACUCAACAAGAUCAUCGACUACCCUGUUGACCUGGAAAUUAGCAAAGACCUCCUGUCCUCCGGAGUGAGGGGCAAAGUUGUGAAAGGCCAAAGAACUUACAGGCUCUUUGCAGUGGUUUAUCACCAUGGGAACAGCGCAACAGGCGGCCACUACACCACGGAUGUCUUCCACAUUGGUCUUAAUGGCUGGCUGCGCAUCGACGACCAGGCGGUGAAGGUCAUCAACCAGUACUUGGUGGUUAAGCAGACUGCAGAGCGCACCGCUUACCUGCUGUAUUACCGCCGUGUUGACCUCUUGUAGACACACACACACACACAGCCAACAGCAUACAGCCACACACACAUACAUGCGUCCUCAUCUUACACGUGACACACACAUGCACGCACACACGGAACAUAUGAUGAACAGGAACACUGCCCGACUUUGUUCUCUUGCAAGAUUUUCCUCUUCUUCCUUCCCUCCUGUCCCUGCUUCCCUGAGAGCCAGCUUUUUUCCAGCACCCCUUUCCCUCGUCUCUCCCAAGAGGAAACACAAGUUGCAUUCACCAAGAAUUCCUUGCAACUGCUCGCUCUUCUCUGUGCACCAUUGCUGUUUUUCUCUUAUUGCUCCAAAAGUGGCAAGGAUGAACUUUUAAGAGAAGAGGAGGUGGAGGUCAAGGCUCGGACCUGAAAUGGACUUCAAGCUCAGUCGCUGGGGGAAUUUCUCUUCACGGAGUGGCCCUUUUUUUUUUUUUUUUUUUUUUUUUUUUUAAAGAAACGACCCAGAAUUUUCCGUGUUUGCCUUUUUUAGUAGGACUUUGGGCCACCUAAGGCAUUUUGCUUCAGUGAAAACACCUAUUUAGAACGAGUGCAUUGACAAGGCCUAGCACCAGCAUCACCAUCAUCAUCAUCAUCAUCACCACCACCACCACCACCACUAGCCUCCCCUCCCAAGGCCUGAUUGCUGUCUUUCCCUCCAUCUCCUCCCCUUAUUUUGGUACAAGUUGAGCCAUCAAGCACACAGGGAAGUGUGACAGUGAGGAAUAAGAAGUGAAAACUGUCUGGGUCUAUAGCUCUAGGAAGAGUAUCUUUUGGAAAAAAAAAUGAAAGUCUUUAAUGCGCUUUAGAAUUGAAGAUAACAAGCUUUCUCUGCACAACUGAUAUAUGUUUAUGAUAUGGCAGGCAAAUGCGUAAUUGCAAAUAUUUAGAGUAAAAUGUUAAAAAAAAAAAAAAAAAGACAUGCUGACUGAAAACACGUGUGCUCCUUAAGGACUGCACUUGUUUUUUAGACCGUUUGCACUGGAGAGAUGGCAACUAAUCAAGACAGAUUCCACCGCAAGAGCCGCCCUUGUUUACUUUGUACAUUUUCUUCUCAAACCAUUCAUUGUCUCUGUCGCCACCUGUGUUCACGUCUGUCUGAGCCACAUCAUCCAUCUAACCUGCAAGCUCUGCAGCAAGGGGGGAGGGGGCCUUAGGUUCGAUCUGUGAUGUUUCUGAAGUGACUCGUCUGUGUGUGUGUGUGUGUGUGCGUGUGUGUGUUGAAGGGUGAAAAGUGGGACAACAGCCCUCAGGCGUGCACAAAUGGAGAUAGUGUUUGCUUUGUUGAAGAUCUAAAAAUUUUUUCUUGCAUAAUUAAUUGAUUGUGAUGAUUUUUGUUUGUCCAAGCUACUAAAAGAUGUUUUUAGUUGUUUUUUGUUUUUGUUUUGUUGUUUGGUCAUCACUUCUUAUUGGAAGUCCUCACGUUCUUGCUCCCCUCUGACAUAUUGCUUGCAUUUGAAAGGGUGUUUAAAAGGAAAUGACACACAGGCUAAAGCACAACGAUGAAUAAAGAUGAACUAGUUAUUUGCUCCAUAUUUAUUUCAUUUCUGCACCAAGCAGUUCACAUCUGACCACUAACCAUGCACCUCCACAAGGUGCAAACAUGUUCUCAUUCACAUGACACUGAAACAAGGUAGCUAGACCUGUGCUCACAUAUACUCCGUCUUGAUGUCAUUAGACCUUUUGUGGCUUUCAAAGUUUUAAACCUUUGCCAACUUAAACCAAAGGAUGUCAUAUUUGGACCCUGCUAUUUACGUUUUGGCUCACAUUACAUUAUCAUUGAGUUGUGCUGCAAGCUUUGUUGUGGUUUCUUUCCAAACUGUGACCUCGAUCUUCAUUUGCGUAUUUAUUCCCCCAAGAAGAAAAUGUCACUAAAUGUUGGGACUUUGAGACGAACAAGCUUUCUGAUGUGUGUUUUGUUGCAGCCUCGUUGAAAAUGCUUCAUGCAACAAGUGUGUUUUCACUGAUGUGCUCCUAACACUAUUGUCUGCUGGGGCUUUCAAACAGUCCAUUCUGUCUUUUAAUUUCAAGCCUUGAGCACUCUUAUUUUGUUCAAAAUAAAGGAUUGUGCAAAGACGCAGUUUGCUAAUGAGAUGGAGACUCAAAAAAAAACACAAGCCUUUGCUUUCUUGUACCGUCAUAUUUGUUCCAGCUAGGGAUGCUCGGAUCAGUGUUAUAUGCUGCCGAUACCGAUCAUCCAUGAGUGAGAUGAGUGAGCCGAUACGAUACCAAUCACGUGGAUUAACUGUACAUUUUUCAAUUUAUGAUGAGUGCUUUUGGUCAGGGGCACAGUUAGACAAUUCCAAGGGCCCCUGGCAAAUAAAAUAAACAUUCGGGCGGAUUGUCUUUUUUGCCUUUAUUUGUGUGAAACAAUUUUUGUACUAUUUAACACAAACCUGCAUUUAAUUUGAUGUUGUGUUUUGAGGACAAGACAUAAUGACAGCAAGAGAGCAAAAUUGUUCAGUGACACUUGAAAAACUUGGACGUGGUAUCCACUUCCCCGUGUGACAAAAAUGAUCUCCAAACUAAUUGCAUUGCUGUAUUAAAAAAAAAUAAAUGUCAGUGUGGUAGAAAUUCACAUUAGGAGUCGGAAGACCAGAAGCUAGGUGGAUAAUUCUAGCUAGUUGGCUGCAGCCAGUGACAGCUAGUCAAAGCAUGUCAAUAAAGAUGCAAUAAUAGUCAAACAAAGCUAGAUUUGCUAAGGGAGUGAUCAAACAUUUUGGCAUCGAUUGCCGUAGCCUGUGUCAAGCUCAAUACGAGACGCGUCAUUUUGUUGACAACCCUACACGACACAGCAAACGUAUCUGCCGCCGCAUUUCGCUCGGUUUUUGUGAUCGGCUUUGAAAGGUAUUUAUCGGCAUACGCCGAUUACGUGUUUUUUGCGGAAAUCGGCCGAUGGAUCAGAGCAUCCCUAGAUCCAACAAAUUGGAAGCAGACGCGAACAAUGCAGAGUCUUGGCCUGACGAUCACUGCAAGCCGGACCUUUUUUUUUUUUUUCUACAUGUCAACAUGUCGUAUUUGUAGCAGGUUCUAGACUGCGGUCGGCCUGGCUGCCUCACAGCGCAAUGGGGCCUGUGGCUCAGCUCAGCUCGCCUCUGUAUAAUGGAAAGCAGACCAUCAUUGAAAAAUCUGCUAUGUCAGUUAUUUUUAACCCCUAUUUACUCCUUCCUUACAAUAGCUAGGCUGUCCUCUAAAAUGUGGCUUUGCUCUGCUGCUGAUAGUCAAGUGUAAAUAAAUGCAUGAUUUGAUUGAU